AUGGCAGUUACUAGGGCAACUAGAACGGCCACCGUAGAACUAGCAUUAAUGGCAUCUGCUUUAUUAUACAUUACUCGUCGAAACAAACUUUUACUUGAUAGAUGCACCAAAAAGCUCCCUGUCAGCACUAGCACCCAUCAACACCGACACUACUCUGCCUUCCCACUCCCCGAUAUAUUUAAAAAGACAUCUUUACAAGCUAGAGCAAUGGACCAUCCAUGGCUAUUAUCCUCAUCUCCGCCACGUGUACCUCUUCCAACAUUUUGGUCGGUGCUGAGAGACAAGCACUUCCUUACGGUUGGAACAGCUAGGAUACGUAAACACUUGCAUCAUCCCUCGUAUCUGUUUCCUGAUGACUUUGUAGAUGAUGCAGAGAAGGUCGUGAUGGAUUUGAUUCCUGCCCUGAAUGAUUCGUUGCUGGUGAAUAGUGGUAGUAGUGAGGGUAGUAGUGGAAGUGAUGUUAAUGGUAAUAGUGACAGUAGCAGUAGUAGUCGCAGUAGCAGCACCAGCAGUGAAGGGACUCAAAAUGAUGGAAGACACACUCUAAUGGACGCUCCCAACAACGACCUUCCAUCCAUACCAGAUCUAGAUCUACCACCGACACUAGAAGAACUAUGUCUCUCCCCCGUAUCUAGAUUAUAUAGAGAAGCCGCCCGACGCCUACACGCUCGCGGCCAAGUAGCUCACUGGAACCUAAAAACCAAACCCCGUAUAAGACCACUAUCAGUCCAUCUAACCUAUGGCCCAUACCCAAUCCCAGACGGCUACACCCGCCAGCACUGGUGGGAUCUAAUGACUCUCAUCAUCCCGUCUGAAGACUCGAACUUCACUACACAGCAACGGCAACGUGAAAUCCUCGAACGGUGUAUAGAUCAGGGCACUUAUAUCAAAGUGGUUGUUGCAUUAGAUAGUGAAGUGGAAUUCGCUAUAAAGGAUGUUAAUAAUUUAGAUGGUGCUCCACUGUUAAGGGAUUCGAGACAAAAGAUCGUGUUAGAGUUUAGUAGUCCGCAUUUCUCUGCUUAUGAUGAAGUGCUAGAGCUGGAUGAGAAGGGGAAGUGGAGGUUGAGGUGGCAGUGGAGGGUUUCGGAUAUAGAUUAUUUGUUCGCUAGCCAACAGCCUAAACGAUAA